AUGACAUUCAGGCGAACGCAGAGUAAAAGCUGUCCCUCCGGCACCUUUGAAUGUGAUACCGGCUGUGUUGAAGUUUACAAGAGAUGUGAUGGAAAAUACGACUGCGAAGAUCAUGAGGAUGAGAGGGACUGCGAUGAACCGGAGUUUGCUGGAGUUAUUGAUACGUCGUCGUGCGCUUCGUGGGAGUACACAUGUGAGCACAACAAGUCAAUUUGCUUACCACAAACAGCUCGUUGUAACGGCCGAACCGACUGUCCGGGUGGUUCAGACGAGGCUGGGUGUAACUUCCAGUGUGGGGAAUUAUUCCCGUGCAGUCAGGAACAUUGGUGCGUGUAUCAAGAACAGCUGUGUGAUGGAAGGCAGGACUGCGCUGACGGAUCCGACGAGACCUUCGACGUUUGUGUCAGAGCGAAUAAAACAAAACCCCUGAUACAAAUACCUCAAACACCAUGCGAGGGUUACCGCUGUGAUGAUGGACAGUGUCUGCUGUGGGAACAUGUGUGUGACGACAAAAAAGACUGUCGGGACGGCUCCGAUGAGAACGGACUUUGUAACAGUACUUGCGCUGCUGGUUGUAUAUCUCGACGAACUCCUCGUGGCCCGAGGUGCUCAUGCAAGAAUAUCUGUGAAGAGUGCUCGCACACUUGUCACACUGAUGGGGAAACGUCCGUGUGCGCCUGCUAUAGUGGAUAUAGACUUAGAUUGGACCGUCGCUCGUGUAAAGCCCUAUACGGGGCUCCCUCCACUUUGUACUCCCGGGGGGGUGCUGCCUGGUCAUUGACCUCACACGUACAUACAAUGCUCUAUCAUGAAGGGGACGAACUUAGCGACUUGGAUUGCGAUGUCAGGCGAGGCAAGUUAUAUUUUACUUCGAGUGCAAACGGUAAGCUGAUUGAAGUGGACAACAAAAGACAGCCGCCGGUCAAAAGCCUAACCAACAUAGGGAGACCUGGCAAGUUAUCAGUGGAUUGGGUAACCGGUAACGUGUACUUCGUAGACAGCACUCCGUCUCAAAGCUACAUACGAGUUUGUAAUUUCAAAAAGCAGAAGUGCGCCAAAUUACAGAAGAUACCCACAGGUGUACAGGUGACAUCCCUAGUCACGGACCCCGCAAAUCAUUUAUUAUUCUACUGUCUAUCUGACUCAUCUGAAGCUCAUAUACGCUCAUCUUCAAUGUCUGGUCGCUCUCCAUACGACGUGGCUACAGUUCCAGCCUGUCUGGGCCUCGCUGUGAACUCCUUCAGUAAACACCUAUAUAUCAGCACUCCAACUGGUAUCAUGAAGGUCGGAUAUGAUGGCAGCAAUCUCAUAACACUAAUAGAUCAUCCUAUAAGCACACCCCACCUCUCAUUCUUCGAGGACUACAUAUACUUCAUACACAAUUCCCACAUAACCCGCUGCUUGCACUUCGGCUCCAAAGCCUGCGAGACUCUCAACCACGUGUACAACGCAUCAAACUUCGUUCUAAGUCAUGAGAGUAUACAAAGAGAUGACGUCAUCAACGCGUGUGACGUCACGGAAUGCGGGCAUGUGUGUGUGUUGGAUAGUGUGGGUGUGUGCGUGUGUCAUGACGGCAGUAUAGUUAAGGAUGGAGUAUGCUCUGUGGUAGGGACAGAUGAGCAGGCUGUAUUCAGUGAUGGCUCUCAUUCCCACGUGUGGUCCCUAACAUUUCUAUGGGUGCUCUUACUCAUGCUCGCGGUAUACGCGGCAGCGUUUUUCCACUACCGCCUCUACAGAAAAAAUAAGGCGCCAGCCGAAUAUAUACAAGUGAGGUAUCACAACACACCUGAAGGAAUGACACAUCUUUCACACCCAAUCAUCGAUGUUCCUGAAGCCGGAGCAAUGAGCCACGAGUUUGUGAAUCCACUGCAGUUCGUACGUAAUUUUUGGCGGGAAUCCUUCGAAAGACAGAAGCCGAUCGCUUCAAAUGGCACGUAUGAAGAACAGCAAGAUCUUUCAGACACGGAAUCUGAUUUGGAUGUUAGAGAAACAAGAAGAAUGAUCAAAUGA